CCACAUUCUACGGAUUGAAGGAGUCGUUGCGUUGUUUGACUCAAUUCCAUCGUUCAGUUCACAGUGAGAGUCAAUAUAACCACAUCAUAAAAUUAGAUACAUUGCUCAGGUUUAAAUUUUCGGAAUGUUUUUCAAGUGUGCUUUAUAAGUUGUAAAUCAACAUAUAAAAUAACAAUUAAUUCAGAUCGUGCGUGUUUCAAAAUAAAUAAAUAUUGUAAAUCGUAUAUGAUAUGGCUCCUGGUUGUAAAUUGUGUCAAAACUCAUUAGUUCCCGCAAUAGACAUGUUAACUAAACCAUUUCUAUGUUAAUCAGUUUUCAUUUUAAAGUCAUCUUAAAUCAAGAUUCAGUGAUCAGUGUUGUUUGUUCUUAAAGAUUCUAUUGUGAAUUACUGCAUUGUCUUGCAAAACUUUCUUCUUCUAAGUUCUACAAACCUAGACCCUCCACAGGUACCCGAUCAAUUCAUCAACUAUGAAGGCCGAUACUUGUUUCUUGUGUACGUUUUGUGCAUUCAUGUACUACUUUGUCCAUCCAUCGCAUGCGUCUAAGGAUGUUGAAAGUUACAACACAAACUUAACAUCUCCAGUUACGAAAUUUAUGCCUCAAAGUAGUCGAACUGCAUUCAAUCCUUUAAAUCUUCAAGCUCAUGAUGAGUCGCAUGGCAACACAAUUAAUGUAAGAAGCAUUUUGUCAAAAGCACUAUCCAAUCAAUCAUACCGAAGGAAGUUUCUUGAAGUUAUGCCUAUCUUAAGCGAUCUAUCCCCAGAGCAGUCGGUCGGUCUGUCCGAGCUUAUUUCUGCAAAAAUAGCUUCUAAGCCAUUUGAUGACGAAGAAAUUCAAAAGAUUGCUAAAAAAUUUGGUAAGAAAAAAUUGCAGAUCAUUAAGCUUGCCGAAGAACUAGCUACUUUUGUUCGGAACUCUGCAUUCAAAUUAAAUGGACUUGAAGAAAAUGGGUCUUCAAAAACCAAAAUCAACAGAAGAUCCUCCCAAAUAACACUCGAUGAAAUGCGAGCUGAAAGGCAGAAUAUCGGCGUCAUGGGAAAUGAAUUCAUAGACCCAAUCGCUAUAAAUGAGCAACUUAUGGAGGACCUGAUGCCAGAAUCUUCUGGGUUAGAAAGAAAAAAGCGUCACAGGCGAGCGGUGACAAGACUUCUUCAUAAAUUAAUCCGGAUACCACCGAAUAAUAUCACAUUGGAAGAACCUCCAAAUCAAAGAACACCAUCUUCUGAUUUAAAAUUGAAUACAAGUAGUUUCGAAGUACCGAAUUCUAUUACGGAAACAAAUCAAGAUACUUUGACGGACAAUAGCACAAUUUUGCCGUAUGAGCAGAUUGAAGAUCUUGCCUUUGCUGAUUUGAAUGGAACUGAAAUAGAUUUAAUUGCCAAUGAUUCAGACGCCGACGCCGGCGGAAAUGAACAGUUGCCAAAUCCUGAAGAAUUGGUUGGUGGACCACGGUAUAGACUUUCUCCAAAGCACCGCAUAAGUUAUAUCAAAGGAGAAACUAAGCGUAAACGAAUACCAGUUCGAUCUCAUCAAGUUAAAUUACUCCAAAAGCAAUGUGAACGCUUCACCGCUUCAAUGUGCAUCAAAGCCGAUGACUAUCCUCUGGAACUGAUAAUGGGAAGCAUUCGUAGACACAAAAAUGCAAUGUCAGCACUUUUGGCAGAGUAUCGUGACAAGGCAGCAGAGUUGGAAUACCAGGAACAGUUGGAGGAGUACCAGUUCAAUACCAAAAGACGAGAAGAUGGAAGCGUAAUAACUCCAGGUGGAAUGUGUGCCAGCGUUGUGAGAUACGCUCGUCCGCAAAAGGCUCGAUCAGCAUCGGGUGAAUGGAAGUACAUUGUUAAUACUGGACGUCAUACCCAAACACUACGACUCGAAAAAUGCAGUACUCCUCAAGAAAGCUGCUCCUAUCUCUCGCACAAUUAUCGUUCGCGUUGUUCUCAAGUUUAUAACUACCAUCGACUUCUUAGCUGGGACAAGACCAGGGGACUUCAUGUUGAUAUAUUCAAAGUACCCAGCUGUUGCUCAUGCCACGUUGAUGGCUAUAGGGAAACUUUCCCUCCACUUGGAGCCACAAAACACAAGGACUACACACCAGUGCCCAACAACAAUCCCUACUUAAGUAUAAAUGAUGAAAUCGACUAUGAAGAUGAAGAUGAUGACGAUGCUGCGAAUGCCUAUCACUUUGGACCUGACUUCGACAAAAAUAACUAUCGGCAUUCGGAGCUUCUACUGGAAAGUCAAAACAUAAAGACCAAAGUAAGCCAUCCAGGUCAUAAUCCUACGGUAGGAUCAUACCUUAGUCCUCCCUCGGAUAACUUUGAUUCAAAAACAGUUUCGAAAGCUGUAAGGCCCACUUACUAUACAUCGCAAUCCAGUAACUCACUUAAUGGCAGAAGUCGGAAGCCUUUCAAAAGCUAUGUUCCAAAUGAGUCUAGGGUUGAUUUGGGUGUUUCAAGCACCGAACAGUCAGAUUCUGAAGUGAAUUCCAGAGUUCAUCAGAAACGUAAGAGACUCUAUGUUGGAACAACAAACCCCGAAAACACAUCCGGACCUGGCUAUGUUUCCUCAUCGGAACAUACGACACCCAUAACAUCUCGAAAUAUUGGUUUAAAUUCCAAUCCUAAAGGUUCAAAUAGCCGCAAGGAAAUUAUCAAUGGCAAACGCAUAAACUACAACUAUCAUCCCAUUAUUGACUUUUUUGAAAGUCACCAGAAGUCGGGAAAAGGUCAACAUGUUGUAGUUAGGAACUCAGCAACUAAUUCCAUCCCUAUAAGUGCCGAAACUAGUACAUCGAGAGAUCGGAGAAUAGGAUUCGGGAUGGAAGGUGCUGAAAGUAAUUGGCAUCCGGUUGUCGUAAAAAGUUAAAUUAUUAGUAUUUUGUAGUAUUUUCAUAUAUUUAUUUGAUUAGUUAUUAAAAGUAUUACUUAUUUAUUUAUUAAACAUAUUGAACUUAAGUUAUUUGAAAAUUUGAAGAAAAAUUUAUUGUGUUUUAAUAUACCAAUUAUAAACAUUUAAAAGUAUACAAAAUUUCCAUUGCAAAUAACUGCAGUAAAAAUAAUACAAAAAUAAAAGUACGUUUUAUAC